UCUGUACUGGCACACAGUGUGUGACAGAGCAGACCAGCCACCACUGCCCAGCAGCCGAUGGUGUACACUCAGCUGUCACAUCGCGGUGCUCUGCAGGAUUGUGAGAGGGUAGCACACUAGCAGAGCACGCCUUGCAACACAAGGACAGGAAUGAAGCAUUGAAUGCAGGCUGUGUGUAGCUGACAGGGAGUGGGGGCACAGAUCCCGACUAAUCUCUCUCUUAGAUCUCCUGGGGAUAGGGUAUGCUAUCCCGACCUCUGCCUAAAUGUUUCACUGGAACAAGUGGAAGAAAAGGAUGGGUGCCAACACUUCCUCCAAGAGACCAGUUUUUGAUGAAAAGGAGGAUGUGAAUUUGGAUUAUUUUCAGAUUCUCCGGGCAAUUGGAAAGGGAAGUUUUGGCAAGGUUUGUAUAGUUCAGAAAAAGGACACCGAAACAAUGUAUGCCAUGAAAUAUAUGAACAAACAACAGUGCAUAGAGCGCGAUGAAGUUCGAAAUGUAUUCCGGGAAUUGGAGAUCUUGCAGGAAAUCGAACAUGUUUUCUUAGUGAAUCUAUGGUAUUCAUUCCAAGAUGAAGAAGACAUGUUUAUGGUGGUAGAUUUACUUUUAGGAGGGGAUCUUCGGUAUCAUCUGCAGCAAAAUGUCCAGUUUACAGAAGAAACUGUUAAGAUGUAUAUAUGUGAAAUGGCUCUAGCAUUAGACUACUUAAGGAGUCAACAUAUAAUUCAUAGAGACGUCAAACCAGACAAUAUUCUACUUGAUGAACAAGGCCACGCUCAUCUAACAGAUUUUAAUGUUGCCACAAUAAUUAAAGAUGGUGAAAGGGCUACUGCACUAGCCGGGACUAAACCAUACAUGGCUCCAGAGAUUUUUCAGUCAUUUGUUAAUGGAGGAACAGGCUACUCAUUCGAAGUAGAUUGGUGGUCGUUAGGAAUAAUGGCAUUUGAAUUACUUCGAGGAUGGAGGCCGUAUGAUAUCCACUCAAAUAACCCCGUAGAGACUUUAGUCCAGUUAUUUAGCACGGUCACUGUCCAGUAUUCAUCAGUCUGGUCAAAAGAUACAAUUGGUUUGCUACGGAAGCUCUUGACCGUGAACCCGGAACAUCGUUGUUCUUGUAUCCUGGAUAUUCAGAGUUCAACCUAUUUAGCAGAUAUUAUCUGGGAGGAUAUACUAGAGAAGAAGGUGGAGCCAGGAUUUGUCCCAAAUAAAGGCCGGUUACAUUGUGAUCCUACAUUUGAGCUUGAAGAGAUGAUUUUAGAAUCAAGACCGUUGCAUAAGAAAAAGAAGAGACUUGCAAAAAAUAAAUCCAGAGACAACAGCAAAGAUAGCUCUCAAUCAGAUGACUAUUUGCAAGAAUGCUUGGAUACUAUUCAACAAGAAUUUGUCAUAUUUAACCGCGAAAAACUGAAGAAGAGCCCACAUGGGAGAACCCAGUCAACGUCAGGACUGGAAUCAGCUGAUGAGGCGGAAGCUGAGGCUGAACCGGAGGCUGAACCUGAAGUUGAAGUUGAGGAUUCCACCCUGAACAUGUGUGGUUCAGUAUGCUCAUCCACUGCCAGCAUGAACUAAUGAAUUAGUGCCUGUGAAAGAGUUCUUGAAGUUAAACAGUUUAUGGUACCAUCCUCAGGCUGCAUAAAUUCUUAAUAAAACUGGAACAGUUGCAGUCAAGUCUAGCUUUACAAGGAGUUAAACAUACAAGGUGCACUAAGUUAGUUUUAUUUUCAUCUUAGCUGAGUUCUUUGUUGCUUAUAUUACUUGGAAUUCUUUAUCUAACAGACUAAUAUAUUUUUUAAAGAAUGGUCGGGAUGUACAUCCAAGUGCAGGCUGCCUUUAACAUACCAGAAGAUACUAUUUUUGUCUGAAAUACAUCUAUGGAAUUAUGAUGUAACAGUGAUGCGAGGGACAGGACAAAAUUACCGCAGCCUAAAAAAGAAACCUGCAGCUUGACUAUUGUCUAAUGGUAACUUACACAAUUUAAAUAUAUACAUCUUUUUGACAAAACCAUACCGGGCAGGUACUGAAACCUACGUAUGAGAAUACAUAAGCAGUACAAACGAUGGUAUUUCAAUUAUGUUUACCUUAAAUGUUCAACAAUGAAACAGAAUCCUAGCAUAACAAUGUACUAAAACAUGGCGAUAUUGAAAAUGGGGAGGGGGGUUUGUAGGGUCAAGGCUUCUCUUCCAUGUGUCUGCUAUAAACUGACUCUUCGUGGUUGGAGAAAGAUGAACACUUCUACAGAAUUCAGAAUAUUUUGAACAUUAUUUUGAGCAAAUAUGUGUACAGUUACAUUGGAGUAUUGAAUGGAAGUUCUAUCAUCCAUUGGGGGCUGUACAAAUCGUAUUAACCCAAGAAGUAAGUUAAACUUUUUUUGUUGUGCCAGACAAAUUUUCUAAACCAAUGAAACAAACAAAAAACAACAAAAACAAAUAAAACAAAAACCACUCUGAAAAUGAUCUCUUCAUAACAGAAUCAAGAGACUUUUUCUUUUUUUUUUUGCACUGAUGAACAAUAGGGGGGGAAAAAAUAUCAAAUUGUAACCUGUUUGACAUUUCAUUACUACCAUACCCUGAGAAGUUUUUUUUUGUUUUUAAUUUAUUUUUAAUGCUGAGUGUAGUUGCUAAAUGGAAUUCUUUUAUUAGGUCUGUGAUAACACAUCAUGGUGAUGUACAGUAGUUUACAGGUAGUACUGUCACCAAUAAGUAGUUACGUUAUACUUUUUAAGCUCUGUGAAUUGCCAGGGAUAAGUGAACCCAGUAUUAUUAUCACAGUCUAUUGGAGCUGAAAGGUUUAAUAGGUCACAUUUUUUUCAAAGGUAAAAAGAACAAAAAAAAGUAAG